GUGAGCAGUAACCAGAUCUCUAUUGACUGGAUUGUGCACCUACUUUUGUGCACCCUUCUGAAUCCCCUAGGGGUCUGGGUCUACGCGGUGCCAAUGUACCUACGGAUGAAUGACCGUAAAUACUUGCGGUUUGGAUCUUAUGUGGUCAUAUGCUGGGUUCUACGAUAUCUGAACCUGCGCAGCAAACGGUGCAAGUAUCCGCGGCGCAAGCACAUGAAUGUUAUUAUAACUGGCGGGUCUCACGGUCUUGGACUGGAAAUUGUGCGCAGAAUUUGCGAUAGCGCAACGGUUUUCGUUUUGGACCAGGAAAAAUCCGCUCAGCUCGAGCCGCUGCUGGUUUCGACCAAAAACGUGCAAUUUCUGCAGUGCAAUGUGGCGGACCAAAAGUCGCUGCAGACUGCGCUGAACACUAUCUUUGGCAGCGUCGACCGGUUAGAUGCCGUGAUUUGUAAUGCUGGCGUCCGCCAGACCAAACAAACUCUACAUUUGCAACCGUCAGAGCUACGAGAACUUUUCGAUAUCAAUUAUUUUGCCAACGUGCAGCUCAUACAGCACGCCAUCAAACACCAUAGACACCCAAACAGGCUCCAUCUUGUGUGUGUGAGCUCUGUGCUUGGGUUUGUUUCUCCACGCGGCCUGUCUGGCUAUUCUGCCACAAAAGCAGGUCUACAUACAUUUUUCAUGGCUCUCAGACACGAGGUUCCCGACAGCGUAGUCAUCAGCACGAUUAUACCUGGCCAGUUGACCACUCGGAUGUUCGAGGACGUGCGUGUUGACAGGUAUUUUUGGGCUCCUCUGGUAGACCAUUGCAAGCUGGCACAACGGGUUGUCGAGUUGAUAGAACGCGGCGAAAACGGGUUUUUUGCAUUUCCGCUGUACGCGCGGUUCAUUCCAAUUUUGCAGGUGCUUCCAUACUCGUGGUACCGCGCUCUCAAGAAAUUCAGUCGUAUGGACGACGUGAUAGAGGAUAAAUAAAUUCAGUUAUUUUUUUCCACUUCUUGCACCAGCUGUUCGAUAACUUUAAGUAGCUCGGUGGGGACAAGAUAUCCAUCCGAAUUAAACACCUUGGGCAUUUCGAGCGUAUGUUGGAUGGUGUUUUUGCCGUCUGCAAGCGUCAUGUAGUAGACAGGCUCAGCCUUGGACUUGAGCUUGGUGCUGAUUGUCACUUUUUUCGAGCCCUUGGUGCCAACGUACUUGACGUUCUUUUCGACAAACUUGGAAAAUCCAACCCAUAUGCCGUUCAGGAUGAAAAACACCACCACUAGCACCGUCGUGUAAUUGACAUAUUCCGAGUUUGAGAAGUCGUUGUUGUAUUUCUUCUCCAGCCAGUACAUCAACGCGCUAGCCCCAACCGAUAGAUACCCCACGAGAAGCUUGAAAUCGGUGUUGAAAAACGAUUGGCUGUAUCCCAGCCGAGCCAUUAUAUCUGGCAGCGCCUCGUCGCACUCAUUGCGGAGAGCAAUGGCGGAAUACAAAUUG